AUGUCCGCGAAUCCUUCGACCGACGACAGCCCAUCCGCGGCGGGAUCUCCGCCCCAGGUCCCGGAGACCCGAGAAUCGCAGCAGCACGAGGAGAAGACCCCGACCGCGGAGGAGACAACAACACCCGGCCCUGAAGCCAAGGAAAGAGAAGAGACAGAACAGGACAGUGACAAGGAACCAGGAGAAGAACUAGAGGAGGCAACCGCAGCAGAAUCAGAAGCCGCACCCCCGUUACCGGACGAGGUUCCCCCGCCGCUCCCCAACGAAGUACCCCCAGGGGAUAAUGAUAAUAAAGACGACGGAUGGGAACCCGUCUGGGACCCCACCGCCCAAGCCUAUUACUUCUACAAUCGCUUCACGGGUGUCUCGCAAUGGGAGAACCCCCGUGUACCGGACGCGACAGCUAAGGCGGAUGACAACACCGUCGCGGAGGACGCCGACGCUGCCGCCGGUCCCUCUUCCUCUGCUGCUGCUGCUACGACCACUGCUGUGGUAGGUGGCUAUAAUCCCGCCAUUCAUGGUGAUUACGAUCCUACGGCGCCUUAUGCGCAGCAGUACGAGCAGCCCAACCAGGUCGCUGCGGGGGGAGGGGCGCUGGACCCGGAACAGGCAUAUGAGGCGGUGGGCGCGUUCAACCGGUUUACGGGGCGGUGGCAGGCGGCGUCACAGAAUACAGAGUACCACAAUGAUGAGAAUAAGUCGCACCGACAGAUGUAUGCAUUCUUUGAUGUGGAUGCGGCGGCGAAUAGUCAUGAUGGGCGGAGUCUGCGGGCGGAACGGAGUGCGAAGAAGUUAACCAAGAAGGAGCUGAAGAUGUUCAAGGAGAAGAGGAGGGAGAAAAAGGAGGAAAAGAGACGGGCGUGGUUGAGGGAUUGA